UGUCAAAGUGGGAUCAAGCAGUGCUCUGCUGCUGUGCAAGUAUCACUAAAUGUACUUGGUUAUAUUUUAAUCGUUACAAUGAGCGAUGUUUUCUCGCUGUCAGAUUGUGAUGUUGUUGGUUUUGAUUUGGACCACACUCUUUGUCGGUACCAUUUGCUGGAAACCUCCAGGCUAAUAUAUGACAGUUUUGCCAGAUACCUGGUUGAACACAAGGGUUAUGACAAGGAGCUGCUCACACUGACUCCCGACAGAUGGGAUUUUUGCUUUAAAGGGCUGGUGAUGGACUUUGAGGACGGACACUUGAUUAAACUAGCUGAAGAUGGAACUGUGUUGAGGGCAGCUCGCGGAACAGAGAGCUUAAGCACUGAGGAAAUAAUUCAACACUAUGGAAAGAAACAGGAGUGGCAGCAUUUCAACAGCCUCAAGGGUUCAUUUACAAGAUCAGCAAAAUAUUAUUUUUAUGACAACUAUUUUGACCUGCCAGGAGCUCUUCUUAGUGCCAGAGUUGUGGAUCAGAUGGUUCAGAGUGGAAAUCUGAGAAUUUUGGAUUUCUGGAAGGAUAUGAUGUCUGCUGUAGACCACAAUUACAAUACGUCAGCAUUUAAAGAAAAUACUGGCACGUAUUUUCCAAGUGUGAAAAAAGACCCAGGCAAAUAUUUGCAGCCCUGCUCGGAUGCUGUGAAAGCUUGGUUGAGAAGCCUGAAGAAUGCUGGAAAAGUUCUUCUGUUAAUUACCAGCUCCCAUAGUGACUACUGCAGGCUUGUAUGUGAACAUAUUCUUGGGAAAGAUUUUGAGGAACUUUUUGAAAUUGUCAUCACUAAUGCUUUGAAGCCUGGUUUCUUUUCCCAAAUACCAGAACAGAGGCCUUUCCGAACUCUUGUGAACGAUGAAGAGAGCACAGAAGGUCUCCCCUCUUUGGACAAGCCCGGCUGGUACUCUCAGGGAAACUGGGCUCACCUCCAUGAGCUGCUCAAGACUAUGACAGGACAGUCAGAGCCCCAGGUGGUGUAUUUUGGAGACAGUGUGCGCUCAGAUGUUUUCCCAGCCAGUUGCUAUGGAAACUGGGAAACCGUUUUGAUCUCAGAGGAGCUGGAAGGAGAAGGAGCCCAGACAAGUGACGCGAAGUCUAAAGACGCUGAUGCUGAGCCAUUAGAGAAGAAGGGAAAGUAUGAUAGCAAGAAAAUGAAAACACCUUCCGCCCCCUCAGAACAGUGGGGCUCCUACUUUGUGGACGUCUGCAAAGGGCUGGACGAAGAGGAAGAGGAGGGGUCAUUGAAGUAUACUUGGUGCUGCCACAGCAUAAAUACUUACAGUACCAUUGCCAUUCCCAGUAUAGAAGCCAUAGCAGAUCUCCCGUUGGAUUAUAAAUUCCCAAGGUUUUCACCAAAUAAACCAAGAACAACUGGCUACUACCCCAGACCUCCGGAAUCCCUUCUGAAGAUGACCGAGAACAGCCCUAGAGAAUAAAGCAAGGGAAAUGCUUUUUUUCUAAUCCACUGUUCGAAAUGUAGGCACAAUAGAUACAACUAAGUACAAUAAUGUAAAUUAAGACAACCUUUAAUCAUGUGUUGUUGUCCAUCAGUACUUUUGAAGAUAAAAAGGUAAUAAUUUCACUGGGAUACCAAUUCUAAGGGAAUAAUGUUAAAUAGAAUACAAUCCUUUUUUUUUUUUUUUUUUUUUAAUAAACAUUUAAUAAAGAAUGUACAAAAGGAUAAUACAUGUUCAGACAGAGACUUUAACAAUUUCACAGUGUUACUGAGUGCAAGCCAAAGGUGGGUGUUUUUUUUUUGUUUUGUUUUUUUUUAAAAAACAUGGGAGAUGGUUGUCUUAGAAUGUUUGACAUCUAUGAAUGAACAAGAUGCUUUUCAGAACAGUAUUGGCUAAAUGAAAGCUCAAUAAUGUUCUAUAACUUCUAAUAUAUUUUGAAGUCCACGACAAACGUAAAAUAUUUUCAGUUUGUUUUGCCAUCAUAUCUUGGUGCAGAAAGACAGGCCAGUGUAAAACAUUCUUUCAAACACAUGAAACGUUAGGGUCAGGGUAAGGUGUGUGUGAGUUGGAAUUAAGAACUGAUUUAUGUCUUAAGCUUAAUAUUUUAAUUCUGUAGCUGGCCCGUUGCUGAAAAGCCUUGCCCUUCUUUCUACACCUCUGCCGAGAAUUUUUCUUUUUUCUUCAAAACUGAAGAGUACACCUCACGUGGCAUGUGAACAGUAAACUGUUAAAAGCUUGGUAGUACAUUAGAUUCUGAGAUUGUUUCUACCAAAACAGUUCUUUAAUAGCUGUGUAGGACUGUAGGAUUGAUAUGGGGUGUGACCACUGUAUAUCAGAGGUAACUGAAGAAGAGAUUCAGAAUUGUACUGUAAGUACAGUCAGUUACACAAGGAAUCAUUUAGGGCAUUGUUUACAAGAUGUUGAGAUAGAUUUGGAAAUACUGAAAGAAACUAGUAAAUUCAACAAGACUCCAGGUCUCCUUACAUUGCUUUUGCUUUAUUUUAGUAUUUCUAGUACUAUUAAGUGUUUAUAGUUAUGGCUGUCUAUACAGUAAAUACAGAAGUCAGUUAAGUUUCUGUCUGCCACAGGUGUUCCGAUCUGAAGCUGUGAUCCUGAUCAGAUUUAUUACUUUGUGAAACCCAGAAAGACCCGGGAACUUCCCUUGUGUAAUGUUUUCUUUUCAAAUGCUGUGUUAAUAUGCAGCAACAAAACUACUCCUGAAUGUUUGUUUUUUUCACAAAAAAUGUUGCUUUACUUUUAGCAUUAGGAUCAUCACCUACUGUAUUUCUUUAAAUAUUCUUUACAUAUCAGCUUGAAUGCUGAGUCAACAGUCUGGUAUUUUAGUUUGCCUUUUAUACUUUUAUUGUUGGCAUUUUAACUUGUAAAAUCAUUUGGUUUUAAAAUACUGUAGCUCACAUUAUCUGAUUGUUUUUCUGUGUAAUUGGUUGUAAAUGUCCUAGCAACUGCUGGAGAUGUGUUAAAACAAAAAUAAAUAAAUACAUCUUUAACUUCUGUGAAAUAAAAAUGAUUCAACAAGUUUAUAAAAUAAAGCCCUGGAGUUUUCUGUGUUAUUAGUUAAUUAGUAAUUAUUAAUUACUAAUCCCCAAUGCUGUUUGUAUGCAACACGUAGCAUGCAAAUGUAUUGUAAUUAAAAGACUAU